AUGCCAGCACCCACCACCACUGCUGCCAAGACAAAGCCCACCAUGCUAACAGGUGCCAUGCCAGAACCCACCACAACAACCACUACCAUUAAGCCAACACCCACCACACCAAAACCCACCACAAUUACCACUUCUGCCAAGCCAACAACCGCUACUACAGCCAAGCCAAAACCCACCACACCAAAACCGGCCACAACUACCACUACAGCCAAGCCAACAUCCACAACACCAAAACCCGCCACAACUACCACUACAGGAAAUGGUGUAAAUAACACCCGCGGGGAGGGGGAGAGGAACCCGGAGGCCUUGGGGAUGGUGGUUCAGCGGCAGCAUGGCUUCCACAACCCGGAUCCUAAUGGCAUCUGUGGGGAGGAGGCCUGGGGAGGAGCAAUCCGAGGUUCCCUCGCUUGCUCCCUGAGCCUGCCUCUGAAAGGGAGCUGCAUGGCCGGGGCCCGUGCAGGGUCUGGGCUGGCCCGCAACGACGCCUCCCCGCUCUCCGGCACACCAGGGACAGUGCAGGCAGCUGCCUGGUUCCUGCCUGUAACCCGGGGACAGGUCUGUCCCCGACCCUCCAAGAACAUCAAGGAUGAUGCUGAGCCGCACCGAGCUCUCAGCCCAGUGACCGGCUGGCUCUCUCCAGCAGCACCCCAUGCCUGCAAAGCACCUCACAAACUCCAUGACUUUUCCCUGUCUUUCUGCCCUUCCACAGACCAACACCACAACUGCCCAGCCAAACAGCACGCCGACAGCUUGAGAGACCAGAGAAGUGUGGAGUGA